CUGGUUUGAGUGACAGACACCAGUUAGGCAAACUCAACUGAAUGUAGAGAUAACAGUUGAUGCAACUUAUCUCCUCUUUCCACUGCACAUUAACUGACUCCCCCAGCCCCUGUCACAAAAAGUUUGUUGAUGGAUUCAUUUACUGAAAUGUGAAAUGACGGACAGCUGCAGAAGGAAUCAUUGGGUCACAAAGUUAUCAGUGUAUUUGGGCGGGGUGUAUGGAUGAUUUUCAUGUUUUGAAUUUUCCAGGAUUAAAAACUAAAAAAUCCUAAAUGAUGCAAAAGAUUGCCCCAUUGUGAGAAUCCUGUUAUCAGCUUCCACACCAGGAGGACCCUGUUGCCAGCAUUAUCUAAGCUCUGGUUAUCUUAAAUAUGCCAAGUGUCCUUAAAGUGCUUUCACCAUGAAUGUUGAAGAAGUUGAGGUGACAGGAUGACUUUCCUAUGCAGUGAAACUACAGCAAGAGGGCAUUAAGUAGAAGAUGGAGGAAAAACGUGCAUUUAUGAUUCUUAUUUUGUGUGUGGCUUCAGUGACGUCAGUUGUUGCAAACAUUCUGGAUGUAUGCGCGAGCUGCCACAAAAAUGCCACAUGUGAUGACAAAUCUGAUAACUCUGGAAAAGUUUGUAAUUGCAAGUCUGGUUUUUUAGGAAAUGGAAGAACCUUGUGCUUAGAUAAAGAUGAAUGUCAGAUAGCAGCCUCAAAUAUCUGUGGGCAGCACGCUAUAUGCCACAAUACAUAUGGCAGCUACUACUGCACCUGUCUGUCCGGAUACAUGGCUUCCAACAACAUGCCAUUCUUUAUCAGAAAUGAUGGAACCCACUGCCAAGACAUAGAUGAGUGUGUGGUAAACGGCCUUUGCGGUGAAGGAGGUCAUUGCAAGAACCUGGAUGGCAGUUUUGAGUGCAGCUGUCAUCUGGGAUAUCGAGUCCAUAAAGGGGUUGAACCUUUCCACCCCAUCAAAGACCAAACUUCUUGUCAAGUGGUGAAUUGUGGCCAGCUUACAUUGCAGCAGAACUCACUAUUGCGAUCAGCAACAGGGACAACAUUUGGCAGCAUGGCAACAUUUGAGUGUGACGAAGGCUUUCUAUGGAAGAGUGGAAACAACACCUCACAGUGUGGGGCUGACGGACUUUGGAGUAAGCUCACCAUGAUCUGUGAAGAGAUAUUAUGUGGAAAACCUAAUAAUGUGCCACACACUGGACAUAUUUGGAAUGGCAUUUCCACCCCUGGAAGCGUGGCAAACUAUUACUGUAAACAAGGACUUAAUCACAGUGAAGGCAGUGCCAUAUCACUGUGCACACCUAAUGGUAACUGGACAGAGCCAAACAUUUCAUGCAAAGAAAUUGACUGCGGCUCGCCUCCUGACAUUCCACAUUCAGUCUUGUUAUGGGAUCACAUCUCCACUGUAGGCUCUCAGGUUGCUUAUCAAUGCCAAUCUGGAUUUUACAGUGUUGGGGAAAAAAAUAAAACAGUAUGCAAAGGCAAUGGGAAAUGGGAAACGCUCUCUCUUCGCUGUCAAGAAAUUAAAUGUCAGGAUCCUGUUUUCAUACCACAUACUAAAAGACAAUGGGAUGGCACGUCACAUGUUGGCGGUGUGGUUAUUUACGAAUGUAAUGAAGGCUAUGGCACAAGGAGUGGGAAGAACUUCUCAGUGUGUGGACAGAAUGGACUUUGGGAGGAAUCUGAUCUUUGGUGUGAAGAAAUAAUAUGUGGGCCCCCACAAAUCCUCCCCAAUACUAACCUCUUGUGGAACAACUCUACUAAACCUGGCAGUGUCGUGCUGUAUGAGUGUAUAGAUGGAUAUUACCAGGAGGCUGGACAUAAUAUUUCCACAUGUCUAAUAUCAGGCGAGUGGGCAAACGUGUCAUUAAGCUGCAAAGCAAUGUGUGGCCCGGUCCCAUUACUUGCCCACUCUGAGGUAGUGUGGCGUAACGGAAGUGUAGUGACCCAUCGUUGUAUGAAUGGCUAUCACAGCUGGAGGGGCAGCAAUGUGUCCGUGUGUGGUAACUCUGGAGAGUGGCAGAGAGCUACGCUCAAAUGCAUAGAAGUCAAGCCGCCCAUCCAUCAACUACUUGUUUCAAAUGAAAAAUGUUUGCAGUGGAGAGCAGAAAAGUAUGAAGAGGAAUCAGAAAUGUACAGGGUGAUCUACACAGGAUCCAGAAACUAUCAAAAGGCCUUUCUUGAUAAAAGGAAAAAGUUUGUAAACUCAAAGGCAGACUGGCUGGAGGUCUGCCUCAAUCUGCUUCCAGCCACAAACUACACCGUCUCUAUUACCGCAUUGUCUGCUGGAUUCACAUCCACCACCACUAUUAACACCAGUUUGACAGUACCUGCUGUACCAGUUGUGCACUACAGAGAAUACGAGACUUCAGUACCAACUCUGAGGCUUAAGAGAUCACCGAAUACUCUUGACCCAAUAAGUUUAUACCAAGUGUACGUACUUCCUGUAGAGGGAAUGAUGGUGUUUGACUGUUCCUCUCCUAUGAAUGGGGAGGCCUUAGGCACCAGUGGUUCCUCACAGGGAUGCAUUGCAGCCCAGAUGCACGUUAGCCAUGUUGGACCAGAGAUAGAGUUUACUGUGGGAGAUGGUUUCCAUUAUGGAGGCUUUUUCAAUGCUCCUCUGGAAAAAGGCAGAAACUAUUAUGUCAUCUUACGGGCUGUUAGUCAGUGGAAAAAGGAUUCAAAAAGCUCAUGUGUCCUGUGGGCUAAAGUAAAAGGUACAUCCUACUUUGUCAAAAUUUCAUCACUGUGUGCUGCUGCAUUAAUAGGACUAAUUGCAUUAGCAAUAUUGCUAGGACUGGCUUACUUCCGGUUUUCCAAGAAAUAAUAACUGUCAUUUCAUACACGUUGUAAAUGAAUCAUUCAUCCUCACUUGUAACUAAUUGCACUUAUAUUGUUGUUACCUUUCAUCCAUGUUGUUGUUACCUUUUCUCUGCCUGUUCAUCAUUCAUUUGAUUUCAAAGUUGACAAUAAAAAAUGUCUUGGAGGAAAAAUGAAUGGGAUAUAAUACAUAUAUUCACAUGACUAAUGUAUUAUGUGCUAUUUAUCAAAUGAAAUUGUAACUGGAGCAAUUCCUGUUCAAAAUCAAGAAACAGUCAUUGUUCGUAAACAAUCAAUGGUCAAUAAAACCACAUGAAAC